AUGCAGGGCACGCCCGGGGACUGGGGCCCUGAAUCCCCCGCUCCUGCAGCCAUCAUGAAGCGCCUGUGGAGCAGCCGGCGUGCACGACCCUCCCAGCCGCACCUGAAGUGGGUCCCCAUCCUGGGGGAGCUGCAGAAGACGCUGCAGAGGGGAGAGUACUUGCCCCUCCGCCCACUGCCCAUGUUCGAGAGUAACUUUGUCCAGGUGACAAGCAGUGGGGGCCCCGUGUUCGUGCACCACAGAGCCAACAGACUGACUAUGGGCGUGGCGGCCUCCCUGCCUGGCCUGGUGCUCCCUGACACCCUGCUCAUCGCCCGGCCCCCAGAGGGCCGAGACCGCUCCAGCCUGCUGCUGUCCAGGAUGAUCCCGCUGGACCUCGUCCACCUCUACGUCCACAACAUGCACAGCUGGCGCCUGAAGCUGCGCCUGGCCACUGGCCGCUACUACUACCUGGAGCUGGACGCCCCAGACCACGAGCUGGGCUUCCUGUUCGACCGCUGGAUCUACCUCAUCAACCUGCUCCGGGAGCCAGCCACCACCUGGGCCCCCAGGACCUUGCACCUCCCACCCCCGGGCCAGCCCUUAGAUGCAGCCCCUGCCUCCACCUGGCGCCUCCAGGUGCGACCCCAACCCAAUGAGGAGGUGUGUGUGCCCACCUUUCCUUACAAGACGCCAGCUGCUCAGAAUCAAAAGGCCAAGGCCCUCAAGCGCACUUUCAAGUCCCAGGCUGUGGGGGGUUCGAUGCCAACCAUGUGGCCAAGGCUGGAGCGUGCUGACAUUAAGAAGAAAGACCUGAGAAAGCAGUCACACCCAGAGGCCAGAUCAGACAGGAAUAUCACCCAGAUCCAACUUCCAGACAAGACCAGCAUCACCAUCCGCACCAUCUUCAGCAUCAUCUCCAAUACCAUCAACCAGUCACACUCGUCCUCCAAGGCUUGCAUGUCUGACUCGGAGGGAGCCCUGGGCCCGCGGGGCUUGAUUGAGACCCCAGUGCACUGCAUCUCCAGCAACAGGACCGAGCUCCCCUUCCUGGACUCCUGUGACCACCUGGACAUGCUUCUCUGGCACCAGGACCUGGACGAGCUCAUGGACCCUGAGUCCAGCACUGUGACAUCCUCCUCCCUGGGCCCUUACCUGGGCUCUCCUGCCCUCCACCUCUUCCCACCCCACCCCUCUGCCCUCAGGUCUGGCAAAAAGGCUACGCCUAAAGUCUUUCAGCCCCAGGGACCCCCGCCCACCAAGAAGGCUCCCUCAGCCCCUAGGGCUCCCUUCACCAAGGAGCAGCCUGGGAGGGGGGCGGCUGCCUCCCUUCACACACCAUUCCAGAAGGCCCCAGCUGUAGCUGGGCUCCCUCAUAAGGCCCCCCCUGGAUCAGCUGUUCCCCAGAAAACCCCAGCCCUCCAAAACUCCUCUUUGAAGGUCCCUGUUGUCCCUGCCCUGCCCCAGAAGGCUCUGCCCCAGCCCCAGAAGGGGCCACAGGCCUCUGCUGUGACCCGGAAACCCCUGGCACCCCCUGCCUCCAGGAAGGAACCUGUGGUCCCGCCCACCCCUUGGGCCUCACCACCACCACCAGAUCCGGCCGGGGCAGAUGCCAUCAUCUCCGAAGAACAUAAGCUGGAGGGGGCCCCAUCUAGAGGGAAACUUGAACAAGUGGUAUUUUGGGGUGCCCAGGGAACGCAAGUGGUGGAGGUGAGGACCACGACCAGGUCCCUGGAGCUGCCCCAUGCCAAAGCCAAGAAGGAGUCCAAGGAGCUCCUCAUUAGCCGCACGAGAGAGCUGGCCCUGGAGGCCCUUGAGGGCAGGGAGAAGCUGGAGAACGCGGUGCACAAGGUGAAGGAGGAGGUGGUGCUGGACCUGCCCAACCUGAGGUCCAAGGAGGUGGAGCAGAGGCAGCGGUGGGUGCAGACUCAGGAGGUGGUGCUCAGGGGUCCCCUGAAGGAGCACAACAGGCCCUUCUCCAUGGAGGGGAUCGCCCUCGCCAAGCUGAUCAUCGCAGCCAGCUCCAGAGAGGAGCACCCCAAGCCUGCCCACGUCACACUGUCCUCCUGGCUCUCCACGGACGCCCCGACCUUCCCUAUGCCUGCGGCUGACCUGCCCCUCUGCCCCAGCCAGCUGUCUCUGCUGAAGAUGCCAGCGAAGGCUGAGGACCAGCCCCCCACUGGGGAGGAGGACACCCCGCGGUGGAUGGACACCCAGCCACUCAGGGACCCCGUGGGGCCUUCCACAGGGCCCACCAGCAACCUGCCUGUAUCUGACAACACGCAGAUAGUCAGGUCCUCCCAGUGGGAGGACCUGCCACAAGAACCCUCCACCUCCAGGGUUGGGGCAUUGGCUGGGACAAUCCCAGAGGAGAAGACACUGGAGGAGCCAGGCCUGGCUCAGCCUUCAGCCAGCAAGCAUCUCCAUCCAACACUUUAAGCAGCAGGUUGCCACUGCCCUCAGUCAGCAAACUGUCCGGAGGGGCCCAGAGGGGCCGGG